AUUAAGUGGACUGGUUGGUAGUAGUAUUAGCUACACCUUUAUAUAUGUACGAGUAGGAUUGAGAAAGAAGUCAUUUAUACCACAAAACAUAUUUUCUUUCUAUACGUUUCUAUACGCUGAAAAAUGAAAAAUAUCCAUGUUCUAGUCAUACCUUAUCCAGCACAAGGCCAUGUGAUUCCUCUUAUGGAGGCCGCACGGUGCCUCACCAGCAACGGCCUCAAGGUUACGUUUGUUAACACAGAAUUCACUCACAAACGGGUUCUGACGAGUGCGCAUUCAGAGAUAGAUUGUCCAAGUGGUUUGAUGCAAAUGGUUUCGAUUCCAGAUGGGUUGGAACCAGGCAACGACAGGAAUGACUUUGGGAAGUUGACAAAAGCAAUGUUUCAACUCAUGCCCGCCAAACUAGAAGAGAUAAUAAAUGAUAUUAACAAAAACGACGACCAGAAAAUAACGUGCAUCAUUGCUGAUUGUUACAUGGGAUGGGUAGUAAGAGUUGCACGAAAGAUGAGUAUUAGACUAGCACUCUUUUGUCCCAGCUCUGCUGCAGUUUUAGCCGUGACCAUGAGCGUUCAGAACCUAAUUGACAAUGAAGUUAUAAACUGCAGUGGUGCACCUUUGAAGGAUCAAAUGGUUCAGCUGUCACCCACCAUGCCUCUCAUGGACCCUGCAAAUUUUUUAUGGGUCUGUGUUGGCGACGCAGAAACAAACCAAAUUAUCUUUGAUUUCGCAAUUCUUGAUGGUAAGGAGGCAGCAGAAGCAUCAGACCAUAUAAUUUGCAAUUCAUCCAUGGAGCUGGAGCAUGGGGCGUUCACUCUAUUUCCAAAGAUGUUGCCAAUAGGUCCGCUUUUGGCGACCAACAAAUCCACAAGGCAAGUAGGCCACUUAUGGAAAGAAGACUCUACUUGCCUAACAUGGCUUGAUCAGCAGCCGGUCUGUUCGGUCAUCUAUGUGGCAUUUGGGAGCAUCACAAUUUUAAACCAGAUCCAGUUUGAAGAGCUAGCGCUGGCACUUGAGGAUACGAAAAGACCUUUCUUGUGGGUUGUUCGACCUGGUACAAGUGGAAGUAUGGACUAUGUCUACCCGAGUGGCUACAUGGAGAGAAUUGGCACUCGUGGAAAAGUGGUUAGCUGGGCACCUCAACAGAAGGUCCUAAACCAUCCAUCAGUGGCUUGCUUUAUGAGCCAUUGUGGUUGGAACUCUACAAUGGAAGGCGUUAGCAACGGCGUUCCUUUCUUGUGCUGGCCAUACUUUGCUGAUCAGUUUUUUAACAAAACGUAUAUAUGUGAUAUAUGGAAAACUGGUGUGGGAUUAAACAAAGAUGGAACAGGUAUUGUUACACGAGAAGAAAUCAAGAGUAAAGUGGAGCAGCUGCUCAGCAACAACUUAAUUAAGGAAAAUGCUUCGAAUUUAAAGGAAAAAGUUAUGGACUGCGUGCAAGCAGGACAUUCCUCCAACAAGAAUCUCAACAAAUUUCUUGAUUGGGUAAAGGAAGGAAAUGAUCACGCUCGUGUGAAUGAAUCCUGUCAAUGAUGUGUUUAUGUGUUUUCAUGUAGAUUCCAAUAUUUUCAUUUAGGUUUUCUAUUAAUUAUGUGUUUAUUUCUUUCAUGUAUCGUUAAUAUUCCAUCUUUCAGCAAGCAUGUUCACUUUUGUAAUAAUUUAUCAAGAUUCCUGUUCAAUCGUAAA